AUGACGUCACGGUUGCAAAUAUAUUCACGUGAGCUGUCAGAUGGCGGAGCAACUGCCAAAAUGGCUACAAAAAGUGACCUUGAUGCUCUGGUGGUCCAAGUGGAAGGAUUGGAUCUAGAGGAGAACAGAGCUGGCUCAGGGGCUUAUGGCUGUGUCUUUAGAGUGACGGUGAAUGGAAGACACGUUAUUGCUAAGAAGGUACACCACGUAUUGCUCCAAAAGCAAUCCGUUAUAACAAUGUUCAGAAAUGAAUGUCGUAUUCUGAGUGUUUUACAUCACCCCAACAUUGUCUGUUUCAUUGGAGUCCAUUACGGCCGCGAUAAGAACGACAUCAGUCUAAUAAUGGAGAGGCUUCAUUCCGACUUGGCUGAUUUUGUUGAAACCCAUCGAGACACGAAUAUCGCCACUAGAAUCCAUAUCCUGUAUGAUGUAUCCAAGGGCCUUCACUAUCUCCACUCACUGAUCCCUCCCCUCAUGCAUCGUGACCUCACUGCUCCCAACAUCCUGCUCACUGAGGACCUCACUGCCAAGAUUGGAGACCUGGGUACGGCCAAGUACGUAGACCUGGAGAGAUUGACUCAGAACAAGACUCAAAUUGUUCUGACAAACGUCCCGGGAAAUCCAACCUACAUGCCCCCCGAGUGUCUCGUGGAGCCGCCCACCUACACUACCAAGCUGGACAUCUUCUCAUUCGGUCAUCUCAUCAUUCACACUGUUAUCGGUGAUUUCCCUAAAGUCAAGAACGUACCUCAAGGUUUUCGCAGCUAUUUCAACUCUAUCAGAGGAAAGGAGGAGCUCAUGCGUCGAAGCACUGCUGUCCAUGGUGACAAAAUGGGGGAGAAACACGCUCUUUAUCCUCUUGUUGUUAGCUGCCUCCAUGACCGACCUCAACAGAGACCAUCAGUUGACAAAGUGAUUGUCUCACUCAGAAAGCUGUGUCUACAGCACCCCAGGAUGGAAUUUCUGGAUGCUUGUAAGACGGAUAAUGUGGGUGUGGUUCUGGAGCUACUGGAGUGUGGGGCUGAUCCCAACCAGGCAGACAAGGAUGGUGCAACUGCUGUUCACUGGGCCAGUAGGAAGGGACACUAUACGAUAGUGAGGGUCCUCUUAGCAGCCAAGGCUACAGUCAACACUCAGAACAAAUCGGGAGAGACCCCUCUUUGGACAGCCAGUUUCAAUGGUCACCAGAUAUGUAUGGAGCUCCUAAUCGAUGCUGGGGCCAAUGUUGAUGUACCCAAAGAGGAUGGAUCCACUGCGUUGAUUGUAGCUGCUUGGAAUGGUCAUGUGAGGGCAGUGGAAUUGUUGAUUGUUGUAAAAGCUAAAAUUGACAUUCAACAAAAGGAUGGAGCCACAGCAUUGUACAUUGCCAGUGAGAACGGUCACUGUGGAGUUGUUAGAAUGUUGUUGGAGGCCAAGGCUGACGUCCACAACAAGACUAAUAACAACCAGACAGCUCUGUAUGUAGCCAGUAGGAAUGGACAUGAUGAGAUAGUGAGGGUCCUCUUAGCAGCCAAGGCUACAGUCAACACUCAGACCAAGUCGGGAAAGACCCCUCUUUGGGUAGCCAGUUUCAAUGGUCACCAGACAUGUAUGGAGCUCCUAAUCAAUGCUGGGGCCAAUGUUGAUGUACCCAAAGAGAUGACUACUGGUACCCCUGAAUACAAAGCCAUCUGUAGCUGCAGAGUGGAUCUGACAGAGAGGCUCUCUAAUUGCUUCAAAGAUGUAGCUGAAUACUUAAGUCAGAGUGGAGCACUGACUGGCAAACAAUGCCAAACAAUCAUCAGUGCUGAGAUGCUCCUAAAUUAUGUUCUUGUGGACAUCAAAGACCCAGACACCACAUUGGAUGCUUUUGCCUACUUUGUGACAGCAAUGAAACAAAGUGGAAACACAUUCUUCAAAGUAUUUGUCAAGAAACAAAUUGAAGCUAAACGAAAGGAGUUCUAUAGGGAAUUGCUCCAGGUUCCACCAGGUUUCCAGGCAUCUCAGGAAUACGACGUUUUCAUCAGCUACAGCCGUGAGGCUGACACCAUGCGCACAGUGGACACUCUUAUGUUGCGAUUGAAACAAGAAGGCCUCACUGUGUUUGUUUGUAAACGUAGAAUUCGUCCUGGGGACAAAUGGCGAUCUGAGAUUGCCUCCGCCAUCAAAACCUGCAAAGCCUUUGUUUGUGUGCUCACUAAACGCUACGUGAGGUCUGUGUACUGCAAUGGAGAGCUGUACGAAGCAGAAGCUCUUGGCAAGCCUCUGUUCCCAGUGGUGUGUGAGGAUGGAUGGGAAGAUGUGCCUGGAGGUGCUCCUGUGACGGAGGUAGUGAGAGACUUUCAGUAUGUCUCGCUAGUAGUGGCAGAGGACAGGGAGAAUCAACUAACAAGACUGGUGCAAAGUAUCAAAGAAGCAGUUCCCGUAGCUCCAGGCUCGUCUAAUCUGCCCACCGAUCAUGCUUGGUUGGUGAACAAAGCCACUACACAACUGUCAGAGCACACACUUCUAACACAAGAUGAGAUUGGUGCUCUACAGAAGCUUAUCGAGGGAACAGAAGUGAACAUUGAUGACAUCAUUGCUACUGGUCAAGGCAUCACUCUUGAAGAAGCUCAACAAUUGCUUGCUCAGAAAGGAUACAUUGAGGACGCAGGGAAUCUCAAGACAAGGCUACAAGAAAUUGCUAAAGAGCAGCAGCGAUAUCUCGAGAUACUCGAGGAUUUAAUGACAGCUGCUGACACCAUCGACCUUCGCUACUUGAAACUGUUUCUUGUUGGCCCACCAAAUGUGGGCAAGACGACCACUCUAAGCCGUCUCCUAAAAAUAUUUGACAAUAUUCGUUCAGCUGGAGACAAGGCAAAGCUUCCUAGUACGCUACUCGCUAACUGCAUUCAAGCGUUUGCUUUUGUUGGUGACGACACAGCAGAGUGGCUGUCUUCCAUUAACGUUGACGAUGAAGCCAAAAUUUUGUUCAACUAUUUUUGUGGAAACAACCUAACACCUGAGGCACCGUUGGACACACCCCUCAGUGAGCAACUAAGUGAAGAACUCACUACGUAUACUGCACCCGAACCUUCCAGAGAACAGUCACAUGUUCAACAAGAUGUACCCCACAAGCUCAUUUCUGUACAGAACAUUGUUUCACAAGUUGAUAAACUCAAGACUUCAAGUGAGGAACAAAAGACUUGCAAAAAUCAAAGAAUUAGCGAGGUUGUCAGUCAAUUUCAAAAGUUGAUCAUGAGUGGAGACUAUUCUACCCUUUUCAAUGCUUUGGGAACAUUUUUGAACAUUAAUGAUAUUGGUGGUCAGCCAGGCUUUUUAGAAAUGCUCCCAGCUCUGAGCACUGGUCCGGCCAUGUAUCUCGUCUUCUUAGACUUGAGCAAAGAGCUGAACAAGCCGUACAAAAUCCCUUUUAGUCGCGAUGACACAAUUAUCACUCCCUAUGACGCUAUACACACAGUCAAAGAUACCGUGUCUCAAAUCCUAUCUUCCAUCAGUAGCAUACAUAGUAACCCUCAUGUGACCUCGUCAUUCAGGACCGAUAAAGUUGAUGGAUUUAAUGAGAAGCUUGAAUCAUUCCUACAAGUUAGUCCCUUGGCUGCGCUGAUAGGCACUCACAAAGAUAAGCUGGAGCAUCCAGAGAAGGAAAUCAAGAAAAAAAGCGAAGAUUUAAAUGACAUUGUAAAAACGUUUGAGGAAAUAUUGAUUUGUCCUGGAGCUACUAGUGAGAGAGUUUCUCUAUUUACCGUGGACAACUACACUGGAACUGAGCAGUCGGACAUAGCCCCUCUUCGUAAUGUGUUGAGUGAAAUCUUUCACACACGCUUUAAGGAUGCUUCGCUACCGAUUAAACCAAAAUGGCUUUUAUUUGGACUCAUUCUUCGAAGGGAAUACAAGAUUGCCACUAUUGAAGAUUGUCUAGAGUUAGGGAAGAAGCUUGAAAUGGAUGAAAAUGAAACGAAAUUUUGUCUGCGGUAUCUUCACGACUGCGUUGGCACUGUCAUGCAUUACACAAGCGUUUUGAAUGAUAAGAAAAACUGGCUCAAGAAUCGUGUAAUCUGCUCCCCUCAAGUAGUCUUCAAUAGCAUCAGUCAGCUGAUUCUUCCUUCUUUGCGUGUGCUUCAUUCUGGAAGUACUUUCACUUUCACUGAGUAUGAGAGAAAGGAGUUGAUUAGAAUGGGGCAAUAUUCAGCUGAAGCCAUCGAAAUGUAUUGCAAAACUGCACAAGUUAGCAAAAAAUUGGGAAACGACGAACUUAUCCCAGCCAAAAAUCUUAUAUCCCUUCUUCAACACUUAAAUCUUCACUCUGAAAUCAUUCACAAAGAUGUUAAUGACCCAAGCAAAUCUCGAAUCACCUAUUUAAUGCCGGCAAUAUUGGAGUGUGCUUCACAAGAGGAGCUGACUAACCCCCCUCCACCAGAUGCCAACAACCCAGAGCCACUGCUCAUCACAUUCAGCUGUGGUUAUGUUCCAACAGGAGCUUUUUGUGGUCUGAUCACUCGACUAGUUUCCCAAGGCCCUCAUGGAAUCCUCGGAUUGACGUGGGAGUUAGUGGAAAAUGGUGUGAAGCGAAAUUGCGUAUCUUUUUUCGUCGCUAGAUCAAACAGGCUAACUCUACUAGCCCAUGAUCAAUGCUACGAAAUUCAAGUUAUCCGCUGUCCUGGUUGUCGCAUGUCUCUCCAUGACCUUUGCACUUAUGUUUUCUCAGUGAUGCUCUACACUCUCAAAAGCCUUUACCCACACUUGGUUCCUCAAAUUGCAUUCCAAUGUCCCUGCCCUGGUCACAAGUCCAGCCGAGAUAAUUUGUGCGUUCUUACCGAAGAGAUCUGGGUACAGUUUCUUUGUGGUAGUAAGCUGGUAACUCCAACAAAACACCAACAAGUUUGGUUGGGUAAGACUGCUUCUAUUGGUCUGAGUGCUAGCUUGGAAGUUCUCCAGUUCAUGAAGGGACAGUCUCUGAAGACAUUUUCUUUCAAUUGGAGCAAAGUGGGAGAUGACGACACACAGCUUUCAAUUCAUCACUCCAAGCCCAACAUGCUCACCUUCCAGAGUGUGAGUGAGGAGGACCUUGACUACUACCAGUGUGAGGUUAAGGAGGCUGGGAAAGUGGUCCUCACUGUCUAUAGAGCUCUCUACGAAGGUGAGCUCAAAGCUGUGGCACCUUUAUUACCUUUAUCACCAGUUCCCGUAGCUCCAGUCUCGUCUAAUCUACCCAUUGACCAGGCUGGCAAAUCAUCCUCUGUAAUAGAAGAUGUGUGUAAGGAGACUGGAGUGAGUGAUCACCAACUCGACCAAGAAAUCCCUGAGAGGCACAUCAUUCUCUUAGCGGAGAAAUUUCCACACCUACUGAGCGUGCACAAGGCUUUGACAAUUAACGAUCUGCAACAUGUUUACGAGAAACUACACACUGCACAUGAAAGUGCCAGCCCUCACUGGUUCAAUCUGGGAUUGGCUCUAGGUCUGACUCAUUUUAUUCUCACCAAUAUCGAUAGCAAGCAUCAUGGUGAUAAUGUGUCAUCAUUGCGUGAAAUGUUGGCUGAGCUCCUGCGUACGAAAGAUGUAACAUGGAGUCUCCUAUCAGAUGGUCUCAAAAAGCCCACGGUGAAGCUCAUCAAUUUGGCUGAUAGCGUCACAGCCACAACUCCUAACCUGCUCGAUCGACUCAACCUCACCCCAGCCGACCUCGGUGAUGUAACUGAUGUCACACGUCAUUAUGGCAAUCAAGCUGGAGUGGCUUAUGCAUUGAGAGUGUGGCAAAGAGUGAAUCCUUCCAGAGCUACCUUCAGGGCCUUGGUGGAAAUUGCCAUAGGACUGAGAAGAGGAGACACUGCUGUAGACAUUUGUAGAUUUAUUGUAAAGGAACUAAACUGAGCUUAACAAUUUUUAUUGAACAUUUUUUGUCUGUCUAAUUAGUACGUGGGCGUAGGUGUUCCAGCAUAAUUAUGUCA